UAGUGACGGUAACAAUGAUACCGAACAUGAUGUACGUGCUGACGGACAUCUACCGGUACUUCAUGGCGGGGGACAUACUCAACCUGACGCGACACACCACCAUCGCGGGACCCUACUAUGGAGGAACACUCAAGGCGUUGGCCACAUGCUACACCGCUAAAGAAGCAAACGAGCUGAUCGAAGAAUUGUCUCGAGAUUACGCUCUUUACAAUCGACUACCGCAAUCCUACCAAGACAUCGUACAAAAGUGGAUAGAUAACUCCAAGAAGUACUGCGAACAGAUCUGGAUAGUGGUCGUUCUGUUCGCGAUUAUGACGUAUCCACUCGUCAACUUGUUUUUAAACAUAAAAGCCUCGUUUAUAGACGAGAAUCCCCAGCGGUUUAUGAUACAUGAAGUGAACAUACUCUUCGUGGAACGCGAAAACCAAUUCGAGUCUCCGGUUUUCGAGAUGUACUACAUCUACUGUUUGUACACGGCGGGGUGGUUCAUCCUGUUUUACGCCGGUUACGACUCGCUAUUCGGAAUUCUGGUGGACCACGCGUGUCUUAAGAUAACGGUCUACUGCAAGAGAUUCGAGGACGCGAUAAAGAUAAGAGACGAACGGUCGCGGAUACAGAAAGUUACGGAUGUCAUUAAGGAGCAAAAGAGGUUGUUUCAGUAUUUGGAGCUUCUACAAUCGAACUACAACAUCUACCUGGGCACCAUGUUGUUUGCCGCGCUACUCCAGAUCGGCACUUGUUUGUAUCACGUUUCUGAGAGCGAAGAUCUGGAUUUGCCGUUUUUAUCCAUCGCUUUGGGAUCCAUCUGUUGCGUCUACAUCCCCUGUUUCUACUCCUCUAAAUUAAAACAUGUGAGUCUAGAAUCUGCCACGUCCUUCUACUCUUCUGGGUGGGAAAACGUUAACUGCGCCAAAACAAGGAAGAUAUUGCUGUUCAUGAUCGCAAGGGCACAAGUGCCAUUACAGAUACUGGGAUUUAAUUUUAUACUGUACGAUAUGAAUCUGUUUGUUUCCAUAUUGCGGUCGGCGUAUUCUAUUUAUGCACUCCUAUGUUCUUAAAUUCAUAAUAUGUCACAACAAUAUUGCUCGCUCG